AAUUAUUAAAAAUAUAUCUUAAGUAUAAUUUUUAAACAAAUUAGAAUCCUAUUUUAGCCCAUCAUAAAAUAUGUGAACUUCAAAACAGAGACAUUGAAAAACCUUUUGUGUACCGAAUAAACAUUCGUAAUUUGUGAAAUAUGUCCUGAAAAAUGAAAAAGUUGUGUUUAGCACUUACCUAAUUCUAGUUAUUUUUUAUUAAAAUGUUUUAAUCCGAGGCUUAUAAUCCUUUGAAUAAUGAAUCUAAUGCGCAAAUUGCGUGGGGCGUCCGCCUCAACAUCCGCGGAGCCUUCGGAGACUGCAAGCUCGUCUUCUCACGUACAACUGGGAUUGAUGCACCUAAAAAAACUCUUUGCUGAGUAUACCCAUCCACCACAGCCGUUGACAGAAGCAGAAAAAGAUGAUAAAUUGUAUAACAUGCUACCUCUCUUUUGUAAGGUAUUUGGAACUAGUCCAUCGAGUGAGAUGAAUGAAAAAUUUUGGGACAUACUAUCCUUUUGUCAACAAGUUUCAAAGCUUAUGGUAUCUGAAAUAAGAAAAAGAGCUAGCAAUCAAAGUACCGAGGCAGCUAGUUGUGCUAUAGCAAAAUUUCUGGAGAUAGAGAAUUCAGAGGAAUCAAGCAAUGGAUGGAUGCUACUGUCUACAUUAAAUCUAUUGGCAGCUGGUGACCAAUCAUUGAUACAGGUUAUGACUACUGCCGCUAUACCAUCCACAUUAGUCAAAUGUUUGUAUUUAUUUUUUGAUCUGCCUGAAAUUCCUGAAUCAGAAGCUGAUGUUCAAGAUGACAACAGUGAAUUCACACCAAGAGAGAGGAGGAUACUUUUACAAAAGAUUUUUGUUCAAGUCUUAGUAAGACUUUGCAGUCACCCAUUUCCAUGUGAGGAAUUGGCAAGGAAAGAUGAUUUAAGUUUGUUAUUCUCUGCAAUAACCUCAUGGUGUGCACCCUAUAAUAUGAUGUGGAGGAAGUCUGCAGCAGAAGUAUUGAUGACAUUGUCUAGGCAUGGCUUGACUCAAUCUGUUGUACACUACAUUAACAAUAAAGGGUGUGUAGGCCUCUGUAUCGAAAACAUGCAAAAGAUUCCAGAGUUAACACCAUUAGAGGUAGUAGAAAUGUUUGUAGCAGUAUUUUGUUUCUUAAAAGAUUCAAGUGAAGUUAGUCAAUUACUACUGGACGAUUUUCGGACUUGUCAAGGAUAUUUAUUUCUAUCUGAAUUCCUUCUGAAACAUGAGAGACAAGAUGUACCCGAUUAUUUAACAUCCGGAUUAGAAGAGGAACGCGUCAGUGGGACGGAAGCGCGAGCUGCUUUAAGAAAUUUGGUCCUUAUGAUAUCUUCUCUCUGUGCUUGUGGAUUUUCUGAACUGCGACCGACCAGGGCCAACACGGAAUUAUUCCAGUUACAAGGAUUCGUAUUACCACAACCUUCUACGCCUGGACAGGCUGUGAGAAAUGUACAAGCGUUUCAGGUACUGCAAUCCGUGUUCUUGAAAUCCACAUCACCAGCUCUUUGCUGUACGAUCCUCGACGCGAUAUCGAGCGUGUACCACGCGGACAACGCGAACUACUUCAUCUUAGAGAAUCAGAACACGCUCAGCCAGUUCUCAGAAAGGAUACACACGAAAAAUGCUGAGAUACAAGAAAAGUUCUUUGAACUUCUGGAAUUUAUAGUAUUUCAGUUGAAUUUUGUGCCGUGCAAGGAAUUGAUUUCACUGUCGUUGUUAUUGAAAGCUAAUAGGUCAAGAAGUUGUAGUAUAUUAUGCAUAAAGACAUUAUUGAAUAUUUUAAAACACAACGUUAUAUUUAAAGAUGUUUAUCGAGAAGUCGGAAUGCUGGAGGUGUUCGUGACGUGUCUUUCCCGAUACGCAGUGUUUCUAAAAGACAAACAGCUGCUCGAGGAAGAGCGGUCUAAGAAGGAGACCGAUAAGUCGACCGAUUCUCCGAAGCCACCCGAGAGGAAAAAAAGGCAGUCGAGGCAAGAUUCUUUAAUUAAAGAUCCCAAUGCCGACGCAGAGGAAGAAGAACUCGGGUCGUUGGUCAUGGAGGGGCUGACUGCUCUGUUGAACGGGAACGUGAACAACUGCAACGUGUUCCGCGACUGCGGCGGUGCCAAGUGCGUACACGGGAUGGUAGUGCAUGAAUCGUGCAGAAGUAAAGCUUUAGGUGUGGUGCGAGAGUUGAUAGUAAGCGGUUCGGGCGAAGAGGACAUGUCUGCGCUUCUGUGCGGAAUGCAUGCGGCGCCGAACGAUGCCUUAAAACUGAAACUUCACAUAUUAAAAGCGUUACUGGUUUGUUUAAGAGAUUCACAUCGGACAAGGACUAUUUUUCGAAAGGUUAGCGGAUUUGUAUAUGUAACAAGUGUACUAGUCUCUCUGGAAGGUAGACUUAAAGGAAAUGAAUUGAUAGAUCCCGACAUGCUAAAUCUAAUACAUAUUGUAUUCUACACUAUUAGUACGGCGAUGAGGUUCGAACCUGCAAAUGCGAAAUUUUUUCAUCAUGAGAUUUGCAUGACAACAUUGUACGAAACGAUACGAUUAUUGGGUUGCUUUACCGAGGAUACCGAGUUGCAAAAUGAUACGGAACCGGGUGACCCAGAGCUCUAUGAAGUUUUUCACGACCUUUUUACGGGAAAUAUAUUAGAAAUGACAUUACCAGAUAAUAUACCAGUCGUUUUUGUAAACGCAUGUAUCGUAUUGCGGUUGCUCUACGACGUUGCGCUCGAUUCGUUCGACAAGCCAACGUUUUGUGGUUCACUCAACGUAAAGUCCCCAAGCUUGACGAGGCAAAGCUCUGCCAUCAAUGAGGCUAAACCAGCGGGCCGCGCCACCCCUCUCAACCUCGCGACGGCUUCAACGAGCGGGGAGGCGUGGGUCGUGCACUCGGGCGUGGUCAUAGUGCUGGCGAAGCUGCUGCCCGCCCUGCCGCGCCCGCCCGAACACGCGCCACACGCUCGCGCCAUGAGGGACUACCUCGCACACGUACUCAAGAGUCUCGUCAGGAGCGAGCGCAACCAGCAAGUGAUGUGCGGCGCGGGGCUGGCGGGCGAGGUGCUGCGCGUGUGCGGCGCGGCGCUGCGUGCGGAGCGCCACCCGCUGCACGCGCCCGCCAUGUACGUGCUGGAGCGCCUCGCCGCGCACGCGCUGCGCCCCGCCGAGCUGCGGGAAUUCCUACGAAUGGGAAAUCCUCUAAAUUGCCUUGCUCCCGAGCCGGGACAGGUUUGGCAGCCCGGCGGGCCGGUCCCGCUCACUCGAAUCAAGACGUUAGUCUCGAUGACGACGCCCCGAGAUUACAGGUCACAAAACUCGUGCACUCAGCCCCCAUUCGUUGAGUUCGAUAUGUCUGCGGAAGGAUUCGGUUGUUUAUAUUUACCGAGCAUUGCUCCUCAGUCGGCCAACUUGAAUGCGCUCGGAACUCAAGACAAUACCACUCUCGGUGGCAUCGGCUCUGGGGACAGAGUAUUUCCACCUCAAACGGGAUUGACGUAUUCGACAUGGAUAUGCGUGGAGAAAUACUCCGAUCCGCGCACCGAUCCGCACUGCGUGAGGCUAUUGACGCUUGUUCGGAACAUUAACAAUAGCCGGGACGAACACCUCGUAUGUCUCACCGUAGUACUGUCCGCGAGAGAUAAGGCUAUUAUUGUAUCGACACAGGAGACUUUAGUUCCACACAGAGACGUAGGCGAGUGGGAGCCGGACGGCGUCGGCGAGUGCGGCGCGCGCGUGUGGUGCCCCGACCUGCAGCACGAGGGGCAGUGGCACCACCUCGCGCUGCUCUUCAACAGGGCCGUGCUCAAGAACUCCUCCUUCUCACUCUAUCUAGACGGACAACACAUGCACUCGGGCAAGCUGCACUACGUGAGCGCGAACCCGGGCGGCGGCGCGGCCACGCUGUCGGGCGCGUCCAGCGUGUACUGCGUGGUGGGCACGCCGCCGCAGUGGCGCCGCUACUCGCGCCUCGUGUGGCGCCAGGGGCCCGCGCUGCUGCUGGAGGACGUACUCUCCGCGCAAACUAUCUCAAUAAUAUAUCAGCUCGGGCCACACUACGUGGGAACUCUGCAAGCUCCGUUACCACCUGGACAAAAUCAAGAACCCCUAGCACCCUUGAUUGCCGAGGAAAAAGUAGUUUUUGGUAUAAACGCUCGUGCGAUCUCCCAACUCACCCUUGCUAAGAUACGCAAGGUUUACAGCAAAAACGAUAAUAAGGCUAUAGCGAAACAACUCGGUAUGUCGUCGCACGAGAACGCGACGCCUAUACGAAUAUUGCACAACUCUGCAGGCCAUCUAAUGGGUCCAGCUCGAUGCUUAGGUGGAACGGUGGUUGGAUAUCUGGGAGUGAGAGUGUUCAGUCCAAAGCCAGCGGCUAUCAUGAUAGAUACAGUAGGUGGAUGUUCCGUAUUACUUGGGUUGAUAGCAAUGGCGCAAGAUGUUGAGUGUUUGUACGCUGGGGUUAAGGCUCUUGUGUGCGUAGUACGUUCUAACAAGGCGGCUCAAGCAGAAAUGGACCGCAGAAAAGGAUACCAAACACUGGCAAUGUUGUUGAAGAAAAAGAAACCUUUACUUAAUUCCCACAUCUUGCAUUUAAUAUUCGGCCUAGUUGGCACAGUCGAUAGCCAAAAAGAAACUUCGUCGAUUCCAAAUUUAACCGCAUUUCAGGAUCUAAUAUGCGAUCUUGAAGUAUGGUUGAAUGCACCAGGUGGUCUAAUAAAAUCCCUCCUAGAACAUUUAUUCGAACUAGCAACAGAAACAGCGCACAGAACGCACAAUUUACGCACAAUGAGAGAACUGCAACUAGUACCUAAACUACUGUACAUCGUGAACGAUAUAAGGGUUGCAAGCACAAAGAAUGUUCUGAUUCAGUUACUAGCAAACCUGCUGGGAGGUCAGCCUAGACCCAGCGAUUUACUCUGCCUCGGACAAUUCCUGGCGUAUACACUACCACUUCCUUCUCAAUCAGAGCAAGGAGUCGUGGUAAAGGAAGGAGAUUCUGACAAGGAAUGUGAAGGCGAAAUAAUUCUUCUGAGAAAUAAAUGCCUAUGCUUUAUACAUUGUCUCGUAGUAAUGACAAGAAAUGUGGAAAGUACAAUUGUAUGCGAGGAAGUAUCGAGAGUUCUCGGAACCGACUGGCUUCUGAGUUUUAUGCAAGAGAAUGUUCAUCCGAGCUCAGUUUUACUGGCAUUGAAAAUAUUAGUGGUUCUCUGUUCUGGCCAAGGACAGCAGUCAUCCAUAAUGCAAAGGUUCCGCGAGAGUGCCGGCACGGGCGGCUGGCUGCGCCACACGGAGCUCGUGGCGUCGCAGCAGACGGGCGUGGUGCUGACCGCCGCCGUGCACUCGCACUCGCACUUGCACACGCAGCUACUCUACACCUCCGGGUUCACGCUGCUCGCCUGGUUAUCCCUGUUCCAUUUACAAAUUCCGGAGCUGUACUACCUUCUGUUCGGCCUCGCCCUCGGCCAGCCGAUGCACCACCUGAGCACGGACCGGGCGGUGUCCGUGGAGCGCGUGUGGGGGGCGGCGUGGGGCAGCGCCGUGCCCUCGCGGCAGUCGUCCGCCGCGGUGGCCGCCAAGAUCACGCUCUGCCCCGAGGCAGUGGUCAUACUACUGGCGACCGUGAGGGCGCUGAUACACGCGGAGCCCGACUCGUUGCCGGAGUGGCUCAGCGACCAUCCCGUUGCCAUAAUACAAGUUUUAUUUUCGUUCUAUAAUACCCUGCCGGAUUUCGUUUCAUUAAUGAUGAGCGCCGAAGUGCUCACCGCAUUGGCGUCCACCCUGUUUCCCCCGAAUACGAAAGAUGAUAUUCAUAUGCCGAUCUGCGAGAGUGGCGACAGUUCAGGCGCAUCGACGCCGGGCGCGGAGGAGGCGGGCGCGGCGGCGGGGGCGGCAGCGGGCGCGGGCGCGGGCGCGGCGCUGACGCAGCACGCCGCCAGACAAGUCGUGAUGGACUUCCUGCGCGUGAUCGUUCUCGAUUCGCUGCCCCUCGGAGUCUCCGCUAAGGCCGCUCCGAGCGCGUCCUCUGACCCCGUGGCUCCGUCAAUGUUUUGUACGCCAUGUAGUCCCUGCUCCGCCCCACCAAGAUCUUACUUUUAUAGCGUCAUAGAUUUAGUUCUGGACGCUUCGCCAGCGAACUCGACGAGUCAGCAGCAGAUCGAAUAUCAAACUGAAGUUUUAACAACAAUAAUGGAAAAUUUGUUGAAUACUGAACUUUUUGGUACCGAGUCCAAUAUCUCCAAUGUCUGCUAUUUAGCUGCGCGACUUGUUGAUAAAUUGUGGCAGGGUCAGCUGUCGAGAGAUCCACACGAGGUAUUCGAUUUCUUGGUAAAAUUACUGACUCAAGCUAAGAAGAAAUCAUCGGUUAUAUCUCUAGAAGGAUUACAUCACUGCCUGAAUAGAACUAUAUUGUUUUUACUGUCACGGUCUACUGACUCCAUAGCCGACCAAAUGUCUGUGUUAGAAGCAUUGCACAAACUCACGACGAACAGGUUGCUGAUAUUCGGAGCCGGAAACCACGAGUUGGAAUUCAUAGGAUGCCUAACAUACUGUCUACUACAAUUAAACGCGAACAUGAAGAUCGCCCUGGAGUCGCACAUGCGCACGACGUGGCACGUCAACCCCAGCGGCGACCUCGAAUCCAGAGACGACAGGCUGACGGCGCACCAAGGUCGCAACCUGAUGGCGGGCGCGGCGCGGCGCGUGUGGGAGGAGCUGUACGCGUGCAAGAAGCCCGCCAUCGAGGAGGUGUUCAAGGCGUCGCUGGCGCCGCCCGCCGCCGCCGCGCGCGCGCCCGACCUCGGCCUGGCGCGCGAGCAGCUGGCCGACUGCGCGCACCGCCUGUGGCUCGGCUACAUCGACACCGAGCGCAAGGCGGUCUAUCGAGUUCCGUGGGAGCUCCAUAAUCAGAUUCAAUCGAAAAUUCAGAAAGUGACCGGUGGCUUGACCCGUUUGGCAUCUAGAACAAAAGUGAAAAAGGAGGACUCCGCUAAACAGAGGACUCAUCUACCGCGAGAACAUGCUCUGGCUUAUAUGCAAGAUCAUGUGCAGCUUGUGAGACAGGCGUGGGGCGCGGCGCUGGCGACGAGCGCCAACACGGCGGCGCACACGACGCGCUACGUGCAGGCGGAGUGGGGCGGCGCGUGGCGCGAGCUGACGCGCGAGCGCGGCCUGUGGGGCCCGCCGCGCGCGCCGCCGCUGGACAAGUGGGCGCUGCACUGCACCGAGGGCCCGUGCCGCAUGCGCAAGCAGCUGCGCCGCAACCUCGCCUUCUACACGCACUACCCGCACCGCCCGCAUCUCGAGGGCAGCGACAACAGACAAUUAAAGUACAAAGUGGCACAAAGUCGAGACAGUAAAGAAUACUACAGGAUAUAUCAACAAUCCCGUGGGUCGACCAACGUCGGGGAAACGGAUGGUAUAGAACCGACUGAACUGCAAACCUUUGAAGAAGAAAUACCAAGUAAUAAAGAUUCAUCAAUCGAAGUACCUAACGACGAAGGUUCGCCAUCGGAUCUCGUCAGCAGUGGCGUUGUUAGCCGAGGAACGAAUCAAUCAACUGAAGCUAAUGAAGACGGACCAGACGCGGAAGACGAGGAUGAGCCGCAGCCUCCACCGCCGGAUAACCAAACACUAUUGAGAUUAUUGGAGCACCAUGAGAAGAUUACCCACAUGUUUCGCUGCGCGCGUAUACAAGGCCUCGACACGACAGAGGGGCUUUUGCUUUUCGGUCGCGAACACUGCUACGUAAUAGAUGGAUUCACUCUCCUUAAAAAUAGAGAAAUUCGCGACUUAGACAGUUGCCCCGACGAUUAUGACCCUAUUUUACCUAGUCAGGGUAUACAGAGGAGCAAUCAGAGACAAUGUUCCAAGUUUUUGUAUGAAGAUAUCAGAGAGGUUCAUAAAAGAAGAUAUUUACUGCAACCGAUAGCUUUAGAAGUUUUUUCUAGCGAUGGUCGAAAUUAUUUGCUAGCAUUUCCACGAAAAGUGCGAAAUAAGGUAUACAGUCGUUUCACGGCGCUCGCAACCGGCAUGGCGGACAGCGCGGCCGGCUCGGUGGCGGGGCAGAAGCGCGGGGUGGCGGUGGAGCAGCCGGCCGGCCUGCUGGCCACGCUCAUCGGAGACACUUCUGUUACACAACGGUGGCUGAGAGGAGAAAUAUCUAAUUUCCAAUAUCUCAUGCAUCUCAACACACUGGCGGGGCGGUCGUACAAUGAUCUCAUGCAAUAUCCAGUUUUCCCAUGGAUUUUGGCCGACUACGAUUCCUUGGAACUGGAUUUGACUCACCCGGCGACUUUCAGAGACCUGUCCAAGCCAAUGGGAGCCCAAAGUUCAGAUAGGUUGGAACAAUUUAGAAAGAGAUAUAAGGAGUGGGAUGACCCUCACGGUGAAACACCGCCGUAUCACUACGGAACUCACUAUUCGUCAGCUAUGAUAGUAUGUUCUUAUCUUGUGCGUAUGGAGCCGUUCACACAGCAUUUUUUAAGACUUCAAGGCGGACAUUUUGAUUUAGCGGAUAGGAUGUUCCACUCGAUCAAAGAAGCAUGGAAUUCUGCAUCUCGCCAUAAUAUGGCCGAUGUUAAAGAAUUAAUACCGGAAUUUUUUUAUUUACCUGAAUUUCUAGUUAACUCCAACAAUUUCGAUUUAGGAAGCAAACAGUCAGGUGUAGCUUUAGGUGACGUCGUGUUACCUCCCUGGGCCAAAGACGAUCCUCGUGAAUUCAUCCGUAUGCACCGAGCAGCGCUCGAAUCUGACUACGUGUCUCAUAGAUUGCAUCAUUGGAUUGAUCUCGUGUUUGGAUACAAGCAGCAGGGACCGCCCGCAGUGGAAGCUUCAAACGUCUUCCAUCAUUUAUUCUAUGAAGGAAAUGUCGAUAUAUACAACAUUGAUGAUCCCCUUAAGAAGAAUGCAACGAUAGGUUUCAUUAACAAUUUCGGACAAAUACCGAAGCAGUUGUUCAAGAAAGCGCACCCUAGUAAAAAAAUGUCACAAAGAAGUUCAACUAUUUUGGAUCCCAAUAAUAUUAUACCAUCUCAAGGCAUAACUCCUCCAGAGAAAUUAUUCUUUCACAAUUUGGAGAAUUUGAGACCAUCUUUGCAACCCGUAAAAGAAGUUAAAGGGCCAGUCGGACAAAUACUCUAUACGGACAAGGCAAUCUUGGCCGUGGAACAAAACAAAGUGCUGAUGCCUCCAUCAUAUAACAAAUACGUGGCGUGGGGCUUCGCGGAUCAUUCCCUACGAAUCGGAAAUUACGAUAACGAUAAAACUAUAUUUGUGUGCGAAACUGUAGCGCAAGCUUGCGGAGAGAUCGUCACGUGCGUGUGCCUCUCCGACAAAACCAUAGUGACGGCCGGCACGAGUACCGUGGUGACCGUGUGGCAGUACUGGUCGCGCCGGCGGCGGCUGGCCGUGAAGACGUGCCUGUACGGGCACGAGGAGGCGGUCACGUGCCUGGCCGCCAGCGCCGCCUACAACCUGGUGGUGAGCGGCAGCCGCGACGGGCAGCUCAUCGUGUGGGACGUGGAGCGCGGCGCCUUCGUGCGGCAGCUCGUGCCGUCGCCCGCCGCGCCCGCGCCGCCGCCGCCCGUCUCCGCGCUCGCCAUCGACGACCUCACCGGCGACAUAGCCACGUGCAGCGGCAGCUGGCUGCACGUGUGGUCCAUCAACGGCUCGCCGCUGGGCGCGGUGGACACGGGCGGCGGGGAGCGCGCGCCGCAGGUGCUGUGCGUGGCCUUCAGCCAGACGCGCGAGUGGGACCCGCUCAACGUCGUCAUCACCGGCUCCACGGACGGCGUCGUCAGGAUGUGGUCUAUAGACUACCUCGCAAAAACAGUAGACGAUGAAGCGAGGAGUACCGACGUGGACAGCACAGAGGACCAACCGAGUUCCAUUAAUAAAGAAACAUUGAACCAAAUUUCCUUGCAAGAUAGCGAGGAGGCCAAGUCUGAGAGUGACGUCAAAUCUGAUAACACAAAGACUGAGGAUAUUGAACCGUGCGAAAGGGAAGCCGCGAUUAAACGAGUCGAGGCGUUAGUUAAGCAGAUGAGCUUGUCCCAAGAUCAUGGAGGAAAUCUCACGAAAUCAGGAUCAGAAAGUUCGCUUUCGGAUACAGGUGAAACGACAAGCGCGAAAGAAUCAGCUCGUCGACAUGAUGAGAAAGACAUUUGUAGUGAUAACGAAGAACCGCAGUACGAAAGGAAAGAAGAAAUUGAUUCUUGUGAGGAAACAAAAGAGGAAUACGAUAAUGAAAAAGACUUAGAAGAUGAAAAAGAAAGUGUAACGCAUAGAAGCAAACUACAAAAGCAGGGGAACGUUGUUCUGAGGCGGAAAUCAAAGGCUAAUCCUUUGUUUCGUAAAAGUGGCGGCAGCAUUGGCGAUUCCAGCGAAACGAGUUCCGUAGAGACGACACAAUCGAUGGAGGCUCCAGAGGGCGGGCUCCGGCCGAGCAAGUCGGACACCAGUCUCACAGACUCUUUUGUAGUUCUCUCGGCACCAUCGUCUCCGGCGCCCGUGCAGCGACCCGUCGUCAAAGACACGUCUUAUCCUGACACAGGUGUGACGUGGGUGCGACGUCUCGUCCUCCGCGGUAAAUUGACCAUGCAUACGGCAUAUGAACGUCGAGAUAACGCGUGCCCCGCUUCCGUCACUGCGGUCGCAGCCGCUAGGAGUGGACGGGGGUUGGCCGUCGGAGACGCUCGUGGAAGGAUUUUCCGGUGGUCCGCGCCUGAUAUGUCGAGUGCGGCGGGUGCCAGGGGUGGUCCCGCCGAUCACUGGAUACGAGACGAUACCGCACCCUACUGCACCCAGUGCCAAGUGCGGUUCACGGCGCUGGAACGGCGCCACCACUGCCGCGAGUGCGGCGCCGUGUUCUGCGGCCGCUGCUCGCGCUACGAGGCACCCGUGCGGCGCCUGCGCGCGCUGCGGCCCGUGCGCGUGUGCCAGCGCUGCCACGACCACAUCCACGCCGGCAACGACUAGCUCGCUACUCCCAUUUCACAUCCUGUCCCGAUGACUGAUGUACAAAAUAUGUCAAAUACGACCCAGCCGAUAAGUGGCAGACUUGCUUUUCUAAGAAAAAAAAUUAACAGUAUAUUUAUGAAAUCUGACGAUAAGCUUCAUUGUUGAAAUCAAGAAUGUGGAAAAUACCGCGAUCAAGAUUAACGCUUUGUCAACAACGGACACUUAUUAGGAAGCUCUACUAUUUCGACAUAUAAUAUUCGUUUAAAAUUGGCUUGAAUACAAUGGCUUUAAAUCACGGAAAUGAGAUCAUGUCCCUUAAUAAAAUAUUUGUUAUUCGAGGAUUAUAAUAUAGUUAAUAAGUAUAAUUUAAUAAUCAGAUAGACACAAUACAGCUUGCCUGCGCCUAAUAUUUCGACAGAUUAUACACGAAAAUAAGAAAAAGACAUUUGAUUACAUUUUAAAUAUUGUAACACUAUGGACACAAAGGUCCAACACAAUAAUAAUAUUGCCGUUUUAAAAAAAAACUUUAUAACAAGAGAGAAUGAGUAACCAAAGUAAAAUGCCAGUUGAAGAGGCGUCACAAUCAAUAUUAUAAUGUAAUAUUAGCGUUCAUUAAUCAUUGAGAGAUAUUAUAAUUUAUUUUGAAUAAUAUUAUUUUUAAAUUAUAUUAACAAAAUGCUUAAAAUGAAACUAUAUUUAUGCACUUGAUCUCGCAAGUAAGCAAUAUGUUUAUACCAAAAAGCUGAUGCCGCGAGUCGUAUAUAUUUAAAAUUAAAGAUACCUAUUGAAUAUUUAAUCCAUUGUCCUUCAGUGUAAAGGUCAAUCAAUAAAACUGAUUUAUUUUUUAUAUUUAAAAUUAAACAGGUUUUUAAAAUUCAUUCAAAUCUUAACCUUGAUCAUACUUGAUUCUUUAAGGUUUCAUUUUAUUGACUAAAAACGUACAAAAUAAUUGUCAAUCUAAUAUAUUCUUGAAGUCUUUAUAUUGAUUUAACUAUUCAAGGUAUUUAAUUGUUAGUCCGAAUUCAAUGUUCUUAUUUAUGAAAUGUCAGUAUUAAUUAAUAUAAGAUGCAUAUUAUUUUAAAUAUAUUUUUAGAUCUCAAUUUAGAAAAUAUGCUUUUGUAAAAUAAUUUCCUUCAAAUAUAUUCCCAAAAAAUCAUGGCACGGGCUAUAUAUUUAAAAUGUGUACAUUUUCGAAUAACUAUUCAUUUGUUUAUAAUCCGAAUGAUAAUUGUUUUAUGUAUUGUUAUACAAAAUGUGAUAUUUUAUAAUUUCGCUCUUUACAUUUUUGAAUGUUUUUUUUUCUCAUUUUAUUUGGCAAAGUUUUUUUAUGUCUUUGCAUAUAUUUGUGUAAGUAUACUAUUUUAUCGUUAGUACUAGUCAUGUUUGCGUGAAUUUAUUUUAUAUUUUUCCUCGCGAGUGAUUAAGAAAAGAAAUAUUAAAUGAAUAAAACUAUUUAUAAACUUAUUAUACGCGAUAUUAAUGUUUAUAUGUAAAUCAAUUAGUUGACUCAUUGUCGCUGUUAUAUUAUGGUACGUAGUUUGUUGUAUGACAUUUAUUGAAAUUGAAUAUCUGUCUCGUGUAAUUUCUUCUUUCAUGAUGCAUUUGGACGACAUUCCUAGUCACAACUACCUACUAUAUCAGGGCGAUAAGAAUUGUGUGCCCUGGUUAUCUUAUUAUUGUCUGUUUAUGGGAACUGUUUGUUAAAUUUGUUUAAAUGUGUAAAAAAAAAAGACUUGUUCAGCCUAUAGUUGCUUAUUUUUUUAGCUAUUCAAAAUAAAUAAGCUUUUAUUGAAGAUAAUAUGGUUUGCGUGUAGCGAAAAAUUUAAUGUAUUUAAAUAUAUUAAUCAAAAUAGUUUUAUAUAUUUGUAAAUUCAUAGUAGGAAAUAUAAAUGAGUAUAAAGUUUUAACAAGAUGAUUAUUGUAACCUCAAUAAGCCGUUAGCACAUGUCCGUUUGCCCUUAAAAUAAUGUCAUCUAUCACUAUGUGUUUACGUAAUUAUUAAGUGAAUAAUUCUAAUCACAUUAACUGUAUAGGAAGAAAAUAACAGACAAUAGUUAUGUUGUUUAGGUAGUUUGUAGGCACUGAAGUUUAUGCCGUUGAUAUAUUCAUGUAUAAAUGAAUAAAGUGGUGCAGCAAA